CGUUGCUGCUGAUGGCGUUCUUCACACCGCUGUUCCGAGGAGAUCUUGGGAUACAGAGCAGUUCAAUUUCAGUUAACUUCAAGACGUUGAAUUGUUUUUACUCAGUAAGUAUGCAGUUGUAUUUUGAGUUGUUUGCCGUUGCAAGCUGUAUUAAUGAAUUUCGGUGAACGACUUAUUACUUAGGAGUUUUAAUAGUCAGUUCCUUUGUCACUGAGUGAUUGGAUCACUGUGCAGCAAUGUCUUGCCUUCCAACUCUCUUCAAAUACGUCGAUGAGCACCAGGACGACUAUGUUGAGCGCCUGGCACAAUGGGUUGCUAUACAGAGUGUGUCUGCCUGGCCAGAGAAACGAGGAGAAAUAAAGAAGAUGAUGGAGAUGGCAGCCAAAGACAUUGAGAGACUGGGGGGAACUGUGGAGAUGGUUGACAUUGGCAUGCAGAAGUUGCCAGGUGGUGAAGAGAUCCCUCUUCCUCCGAUAGUUCUGGGCAAACUUGGCUCAGACUCAGGCAAGAAGACUGUGUGCAUUUACGGUCACUUGGAUGUGCAGCCAGCCAACAUUGAAGAUGGCUGGGACUCACCACCCUUCACUCUGGUGGAGAUAGACGGUAAAAUGUACGGACGUGGAUCUACCGAUGAUAAAGGCCCUGUAUUAGCCUGGUUCAACAUCAUUGAGGCCUAUCAGAAGAUUGGACAGGAACUGCCUAUCAAUAUAAAGUUCUGCUUUGAGGGAAUGGAGGAGUCUGGAUCAGAAGGAUUGGACGAGCUGGUUUUCUCUCGCAAAGAUACUUUCUUUAAGGAUGUGGACUAUGUCUGCAUUUCUGAUAACUACUGGCUUGGGAAGACCAAACCCUGCAUUACCUACGGCCUGAGAGGAAUCUGCUACUUCUUUGUUGAGGUGGAAUGCUGUGAUAAAGAUCUUCACUCUGGCGUGUUUGGAGGAUCCGUUCAUGAGGCCAUGACUGACCUCAUCGCUCUGAUGGGCUCUUUGGUGGAUAACAAGGGGAAAAUUUUAGUACCAGGGUUAUAUGACCAGGUGGCUAAAUUGACUGAUGAAGAGAAGAAGCUCUACGAAAAGAUUGAGUUUGACAUGGAAGAAUAUGCCAAAGAUGUUGGAGCAGGCAAACUGCUGCAUGACACAAAGGAGCAAAUUCUGAUGCAUCGUUGGAGAUACCCAUCCCUGUCUCUGCAUGGCAUAGAGGGAGCGUUCUCUGAGACAGGAGCCAAAACUGUCAUUCCCCGCAAGGUCAAUGGCAAGUUCUCUAUCCGCCUGGUCCCUGACAUGGAUCCAAAAGUGGUGGAGAAACAGGUAAUUACCCAUGUAGAGAAGAAAUAUGCGGAACUGCAAAGUCCCAACAAACUGAAAGUGUACAUGGGACAUGGAGCCAGGGCCUGGGUGUCUGACUUUAACCAUCCUCACUACAUGGCUGGCAGAAAGGCCAUGAAGACUGUGUUUGGUGUGGAGCCUGACCUCACCCGGGAGGGAGGAAGUAUCCCGGUCACUCUGACCUUCCAAGAAGCAACCGGCCAGAAUGUCAUGCUGCUGCCUGUCGGUUCCUCUGACGACGGAGCUCACUCACAGAAUGAGAAACUCAACAGAUCCAACUAUAUUCAGGGCACCAAGAUGUUGGGAGCUUACUUCUAUGAAGUAUCUCAGCUUAGCUAACUGGAACAUCUGAUUCAAUGUGUCUAGGCUGCUGUAUUUUUAAUUGUCUGAAGAUGUCAAUGAAAUACUUGGAUAAGGGUACGGUUUCUAAAAGAAUGCUGUGUCAUUUUGUUCUGCCAAGGAUGUCAUACAUUUAGAGGUAAGGAAAUGGUGUUAAAUAGUGAUAGUUUGGUAGUAGUCUGAGCCAAAUGACCUGAUGACAAUCUGACUGUUUCAUGCAGUAUCACAUGUCAUGUAAAAACUUAAUUGCUUUUUGUUGGCAUUUUGCUGCUAGAUUUCUCAGUAUAUAGCCAUUUUCAGGGCAUGAGAUGUAUUUCCACCCAACUCUUUCUUUAGUCUGGUUCUCUCUAUAAUGAUCCAUCAAGCGCGUGCUUUGAAAGGACUGGUGUUGCAUACAAUUUAGACCAAAUAAUCAUACAUUUUUGUUUCAGUCUUAUAUAUAUAUACCUUGUCGCUGUAGCACUAGUCUGUCUCCCUGUGUCUUAAUAUCCAAUUUCAGAUACAGUUCAC